AGAGCGAAGCCGCGGCCGGCCUGAGACUCUGCUGCCGCCGGGAUGCUGCUGGCCGUGUGGGGCUUCCUGAAGCGUCACAAGAAGAAAUGCUUCUUCUUGGGCGCUUUCCUGGGCGGAGUUUAUGUGCUUGGAAAAUAUGGGCAGAAAAAAAUGAAAGAAAUCCAAGAAAGAGAAGCAGCAGAAUAUAUAGCACAAGCACGAAGACAGUAUCAUUUUGAAAGUAACCAGAGGACUUGCAACAUGACAGUACUGUCAAUGCUUCCAACACUAAGGGAUGCUUUGAAGUAUCAAUUGAAUUCUGAGAGUCUCACUUCUCUGCUGAAAAACAAACCAGCCAACAAGUUAGAAAUAUGGGAAGAUUUGAAAAUCAUCAGUUUUACAAGAAGCAUUGUAGCCGUAUAUAGCACAUGUAUGCUUGUAGUUCUUCUACGAGUCCAGCUAAACAUUAUUGGUGGAUACAUCUACCUGGAUAAUGCAGCAGUUUGCAAGAAUGGCACAACACUUUUAGCUCCUCCAGAAGUCCAACAGCAAUAUUUAUCAAGUAUUCAACACCUUCUUGGAGAUGGUUUGAUUGAAUUGAUUACUGUGAUUAAAAAAGCUGUGCAGAAUGAAUUUGGGAGUGUUUCUCUCAAACAUGCUCUUUCUCUCUUGGAUUUGGACCAUAAAUUACGAGAAAUUAGGAGAGCAAUAGAACAACCUGAACAAAUGUUCUCAUCUGAAGAAACUGGCUCCCAGUCUCUGCUGUGUCAUUACAUGAUGCCAGAUGAGGAGAAUCCUUUAGCUUCCCAGGCCAAUGGACUUACAGAAAAAGAUGUUGCUACUAUUAAAUUACUAAAUGAAACAAGAGACAUGUUGGAAAGUCCAGAUUUUAAUAGAGUUUUGAGUUCAUGCUUAAACAGAGGAUUCAGUCGAUUAUUGGACAACAUGGCAGAAUUCUUCAGACCCACUGAACAGGACAUAUGUCAUAACAGUUCCAUAGACAGUCUUUCUAGUGUCAGUCUUCCUUUAGCCAAGAUAAUUCCAAUAAUAAAUGGGCAGAUCCAUUCAGUCUGCAGUGAAACGCCCAGUCAUUUUGUCCAGGACCUGUUAAUGAUGGAACAAGUGAAAGACUUUGCUGCUAACGUGUAUGAAGCUUUCAGUACCCCUCAGCAACUAGAGAAAUGAACUACACAGCAAGAUGUACAUCAUGCAGCAUUCUUUGUGCCGAAUCAUUGUGAAUACUUCAUUUAAAAAGGCAUCUCAUUAUCUGAAUGGUGUAGGAUUAUUACCCCUGCAAAAGAAUGCAUUUUAAAGAAAUAAACCUCUAGUUUUUAUACUGAGAAAAAAAUUAUAACACCGAAGUAAAUUUUAGGGUGUGGGGGGGAAUCAUUGUGCUGUAAGCCUUUGCUUUGAGGCAGUCUCAGUUAUGAGUAACUUGUUUACAAAAUCUCACUGUAAAGAGCCCAGUAUCAGCAGUAAGUUUUGAGAGGCUUAUAUCAGGCUCUAUAAUUAUGCAGACU